UUAUAAAGUAUUUUAAAAAAUCUCAAAAUCAAACGGAAAAAGACAAAAUGCAUGUAACUGUAAUAUGAAUACGCUUGCGCGGAAUGUAACGAGAUCGUCAAACGCAUAUAACAAAUGAUAAACUAGUAGUGCCAAAAAAACAUAUAUUCGUUUUCUUAGAACUUUAUUCUUAAAGCUUUGAUAUAUAUUCUACGUGAAGAUUUCUUUCUUGAUUUUUAAUGUCACAAUUAAAGAAAGACAAUGUCUAAACUUCAAGAUUUUCCGCUUGCGUAACGCCAUCGCAUUCACUUUAACAACAAGAAAGAAAUAUAUAAAACACAUCAGUAACACACUUUUAAAAUCAAUAAUGAUUACUGUUUAAUAUUCGCGAGAUGUUUUCUUCAAGUUUACUUGUUGGUGGUCUCAUAUUCAUUACUCAGGGUUUCACAGAUUCACUUGUUAAGACCGAGAAAAUACCGACUGAUACAACUGUAACUCAGGUUCUCUUACAAGAAAAUCUUAAAAAAGCUUUUAUCUGCGGCGGAGCUUUGUUUCAUCCUAAUUACGUUAUUACUGCUACCAAAUGUGUUUUCACUUACCGUCUAGAUCCUCGUCGGUUAAAAGUAUUCCUCACGUCAGCAUAUGACGAAAAAUAUAGUUACACUAUUACAGAAAUAAUUAUACACCCAGAGUAUCUACCUAAAUUAGAAUGGUUCGACAUCGCAUUAAUCAAACUGUCAUCGCCAAUUCUCGAACACUCAGGUAAAAUAUAUGGAAUUAUGCCCACACCGGAUGAACAUAUCAAGAAUGAAAGGCCAGUGACAGUUUUCUCAUUUGGUAGAGGAACGGUCUUCAAUCGGGUAAAUUUGUUACACAACAAAUUGAAUAUAGUCGGCCAAAAAAUUUGCAAUAGCGAGUAUGAACGCUUUGGGUGUCAUAUUACCGAAGUUUAUGUCUGCGCACGUAAUACGAGUUUAGGAAGCUGCGUCGGUAGUGCGGGCUUUCCAUUGGUCGAUACGCGAAAUCGAAUUAUUGGAAUCGCAACAUUUCCGUUCAUAUGCGGACCACUGCUUAAAAGUGGCCUUCCGACUGUGUACUCACGGGUAUCUACAUAUCUUUUUUGGAUCAAUCAGACAGUUUCAGGGUCCCUGACGACAAGCAAAAACUAGCUUAUAAUAACUAACAACAUUGUUACAAAAGUAUUUACAUUUUUAAAAAUUCACACACUUGAUAUCUCAAAAUGCUUAUCUAAUUUUUAUUUUGAACUUUGAAAAAUUAUUGUUAUAUUUAUUUUUUUAUUUUUAAUAAAUAAAUCUUGUAUAAAUAAAUAUAACAUAAUUAUGGACAAAAAAGUAAAUGUACUUGGUUUAAAAAUUAAGGAAGCAAACAUUCAAGUCCAU